AUGACAAACCAUCGGUCACGACGGGGCUGUGAGGAGUGUCGCAGAAGACGGCGGAAGUGUGAUGAACUAAAGCCCACAUGUGGGCAUUGCAAUGCCGCAAAUCGAAGUUGCAGGUAUGAAUUGAGGCUGGUUUGGAGCGACCGAAAGGUCCAACACCGCGGGCUUCGCACGACUCACCGCAGACUGGUUCAACCGCCACCUCUCGACUCGGUUGGACAAUCUCCAGCCCCGAUACCUGACAGUCUUCCAAAUGGGGUGGUCCUUCCACGGAGAUACAAGAAGCUCCUGGAGUACUUUUCUGGGGGCGUCUUAGCAUCUUUGUCGAGCCAUCCGUCCAUCCAUCAAGAUCUUUGCCAGGGUCUCAUCCCGAAGAUGCUAUACUCGCCCCAUCUUCUUUCUGCAAGCCUUGCCCUCUCUGCUGCCGGCCUUUUAUCCAGGGGUUUAUCAGAGGUUGAAGGCACCAGUAUUUCCUACGUAUUAGAGCACUUGCAAUCGUCCGGUUUGUCGCUAUUGCGGAAAGCUCUGACAGAGCAGCGAAAGGACGAGGUCAUAGUAGCAACUUGUCUGAUCUGGUGUCUGGCAGACGUCUUUGCUGGGAUACAAGGAGUGCCGUCGUGGCGCAUUCACCUUCAAGGCAUCAAAGCCUUGCUCGAUGGUCACCAACCAGAUGACCAGCUUGGUACCGGUGAUACCGCCAUGGAGUCAGCCAUGAGGCAUCUCUUUCUUCUAUAUCGCUCUCUUCAAACACUGCCUUACUUACAGACUAUUGAGCCUUCCGGUCCUUCCGUGGACUUGGGCCAGACCCUCUUCUUCGACUCCAGCUCAGCCCUAACAAGAAGCCCGAAGAUAGAUGGAUUCUUGGGCUAUAGCGAAGAACUUCUCGACCUUUUACAGCAUAUCAACUCCGCGACUAAAAAUAAUUCCGGCCAUCAAUUUAGUCUGAAUGCGGAAGCCGAUAUCCUCCUGGGAAAAAUCAACGGUAUGAUCAAUCGAGACGCCAAAGCCCCGCCCGAGGUCUUAAUAUCAUCAACACUUUCGCCUCAAUAUAGCCGUGACUUUUUGCUCUGUCACCAGAUUUUUCAACAAGCCACGCUGAUUCAACUAUAUCGACAACUCUACACGAUGCCUUCGGCUUCACAGCCCAUACAGUCUGCUGUUCGGGCCAUUAAUGGAAUGAUACAAAACAUGACACAGGGCCAGCCUUGCAACACUUGGGUCGCAAUGGCAAUGCCCCUGUUUACCGUUGGCUGCGAGGCCUUCGAUGACGACCAGAAGGACUUCAUCCUAGAUAAGGUUCAGAAGCUAGAGGUUUGCAUUGGUUCACUUCACGUCCACACGAUCAAACGCGCACUCAAAGACGUUUGGAAAAUCAGGACGGAUCAUCAAGACUUUGAGGGAAAUAUAUGUUCAAGUCAGCUUCUUGAAAAGUUACAGUAUAACAUAAUCUUAUUCUAG